AUGCCAACAUUCUUACUGCUACUGUUGCUGAAUUUGAAUCUGGAUAUCGCAAUUUGCCAUGACGAUCCCGUUCCAUGCCCCGUGCGUCUCUACUGUUCAGAAAACAAAACCAAUAUUCUUGAGCUACCUGGCUUUCCAUCCUCAGUAAAACUCCACGUCAGUCGCAUUAAUUACGCAUCAAAAACUUUACAAGUAUAUGAUCCCGAACACUGUUUUCCAGAACUCUUUCUCAGACUCAAUUAUUCAUCAUUUUAUCCUUUCCGAUCCAUCAAACAAUAUAGUUUUGAUGAUCCUCUAAAGCCAGCAAACUGUGCAGCUCUCCUUGUGUCAAUACUGGUUGCCUUGUAUUAUAUAUAUGGCUAUUAUAGAAACAAAGGGGAAGAUCAAGAAAGAGUUAAAACUUUUUUGAAGGAUUACGAGGCAUUAAACCCGACAAGAUUCUCUUAUGCUGAUAUCAAGAGAAUCACAAAGCAGUUUAAGGACAAAUUAGGUGAAGGAGCUCAUGGAGCCGUCUACAAAGGUAAAUUGUCCAAUCAAAUUCUCGUUGCCGUGAAGAUCCUCAACAGCACAGACGAUGAUGGAAAAGAGUUCAUAAAUGAAGUGGGAACUAUGGCCAAAAUCCACCAUGUCAAUGUGGUCCGCUUGCUUGGCUACUGCGCCGACGGAUCUCACCGCGCUUUAGUUUAUCACUUCUUCCCCAAUGGUAAUCUCCAGACCUUCAUUGCUCCCUCCAGCAACAACGAAACCUUUCUCGGAUGGAACAAGAUGCAUCAGAUUGCUAUCGGCAUAGCCAAAGGGAUUGAAUAUCUUCAUCAAGGCUGUGAUCAAAGAAUUCUGCAUUUUGAUAUUAAUCCUUACAAUGUCUUGUUAGAUCAAAGUUUCACUCCUAAAAUUUCAGAUUUCGGUUUGGCUAAGUUAUGCUCCAAGAAUCGAAGUACUGUAUCCAUGACUGCAGCAAGGGGAACCUUAGGGUACAUGGCGCCUGAAGUUUUCUCCAGAAACUUCGGGAAUGUAUCUUAUAAAUCCGAUAUCUACAGUUAUGGGAUGCUAUUGCUUGAGAUGGUUGGAGGGAGAAAGAAUACAAACAUGAGUCAGGAAACAUUUCAAGUUCUGUAUCCGAAUUGGAUACACAAUUUGCUUGAAGGAGAUGACACAUAUAUUCCUAUCGAUGACGAUGGAGAUUUUAAAAUUGCAAAGAAACUGGCAAUAGUGGGACUAUGGUGCAUCCAGUGGCACCCGGUUCACCGUCCCUCCAUGAAAAGUGUAGUUCAAAUGCUUGAAGCAGAGGAAGACAAUUUGAAUGCUUGGAACACCAUUGGAUAA